UUUGUCAAAAAGGCUAUUGACAUGUAUAGUAACGACACCGGUUACAUAGGAGUCCAGCAAGAUUUGGUUUUAGGAUUCCAAACAGAAGGAAUUAAGAAUUUCAAGUGGUUGAUUCCAUGCGAAUUGAAUGCUCCACCAGUAACUGGGUAAACCCAACUUUUUCCAGUAAAACCUGUAAAAGCUCCGGAUCCGAAAACCCGAGUGCACUUGGUUGCAGGGUCCUCGACCUUAAGAAAAUUUCUUUUCUUUUGGCGUUUGCAUGGGGUUUUAUUGUUUUAAGCUAUUUUCUUACAAC